AUGUGUUAUAAUAAAAUCAAUCCAACACUGCUGGCCACAGCACCAAGACCAACGCAGCAGUUCAACGUGCCUCUCAGUUUUAUCCUGUCGCACAAUCCUGACUGCGACAUUCCACCGAUUGUCACCGAUUUAAUAGCGUUUCUCAGUGAGAAUUCACUUCACGUUGAGGGUCUAUUCCGUCGAUCGGCUGAGGUUUCUUCGAUAAAACGACUUCAAGAGAGGGUCGAUCGAGGAGAGCAAAUAGAUUUUUUGAAUGAGGAGCCGUAUAAGGACAACGUGGUUGCUGCAUCAAUAGACGCAUCCGUAUUGUUGAAGACGUUUUUGCGUUCGUUAGGUGAACCAGUGAUCACGAAUGCUUUAUAUCCGAAACUAACGACAUUAGCUGGUUGGUUGUUUGUUUUGAUUUAUUCAGAUUGA